CAAAACCUUCUGCUGUUGGAAGGAAGGAUGUCUUUGGUUAGCAAAUUUAAUAACCUCCUGCGAUGUAUUAAAAAUAACGGAGGAAUUAUCAGAGCUUUAGAGACAUCAUUUUGGACUGAUGAUGUAAAAGAAUUGCAUUUCGUUGGUGAAGACAAGUUUGGUAACAAAUAUUAUGAAAAUGAUAAUUAUUUUCUGGGAAGAAAUCGAGUUGUCCACUAUAAUGUUCAAGUUGUAGGUUUUGAUAAAGAUCCCAGUCAGGUUCCAGCAGAAUGGCACAGAUGGCUUCACUACACCACAGAUAACCCACCCAACAAGGUUCCUCCAAAAGAAAGGGCAUGGUUUGCUGAACACACAGAAAACAUGACAGGUACCAGUGGUGAAUAUGUACCUUACAGUACAGCCAAGCCCAAGAUUCAAAGCUGGGUACCUCCGAAAGCAUAGCAGCUUGAAUGUGUGAAUAGACAAAUGUGUGUUUCUGUGAAAUUUAUAUAAAUACAAUUGUAAGGAAUUGUU